AUCACUUUGCAGAAGCGUUACGGGUAGUGCUGCUUAACAAUCUGCAGGCUGCACCCAGCUGUACUUCUCUCGCUUAUACCUUCAGUUUAGUCUAUUCCGAAUCCUUCAUGUCAUUGUGGACACAAAUAAUCCAGGAAUAAUGCCACUCCGUCAGAAUCAACUGGUUUUCAUGACUAUUUUAGUUUUUGGGAUGGCACUGAGUGGAUUAAUUUACAUAACUAUCAACCAGAACAGUUGCAAACAAAGGAUGAUAGAACAAGACUUCAUAAAUAUGUACACCAAAAGCGCACACCAUCAUAAAUCAAAUGAGUGAGAGACUGUUUCUGUUAUUAAACUUUGGAUUGCGCUCAUCUCCGGGGUUUCUGUACAACCAACCCAGCACCUUGGAAGGUCGGACAGAUGUCUCCUCUUUGACACCAUGGUUGGCUCCAAUCAUCUGGGAAGCAACCUUUGACCCAAAACUGAUUGAUUCUAUCUACAAACAACAUAAUCCCACCAUAGCGACCACUGUCUUCGCUUUGGGAAAAUACACACGUUUCCUCAAAGAUUUCCUGGAGUCAGCGGAGGAGCAUUACUUUGUUGGAUUUCGAGUGCAUUACUACUUGUUUACGGAUCAACCAGAAGCAGUUCCUGAAGUAAAGAUGGGUGAAAAUCAUCAUUUGAUAGUUCGGAGGGUUCAGAGUUUAGACAGAUGGCAGGACAUAAGUAUGGGCAGGAUGGAAAUAAUAGAAAAACUAAUAAGGAACGAACUAACCAAUGAAGCGGACUAUAUUUUCUGCCUGGACGUGGAUUCAAAGUUCUAUGGCCGCUGGGGCGUGGAGUCUUUGGGUCGUCUGGUCAGUGUGAUACAUCCUUGGUUCUUUGAUUAUCCAAGAGAUCAAUUCCCAUAUGAGCGAAGACCAGAGUCUCAAGCAUUCAUUCCAGCUGGGGAAGGGGAUUAUUAUUACACCGCUGCUGCGUUUGGUGGCUCAUUGGCUGAUGUACAUCUUCUCACCAAAACCUGCUGGGAACAGUUGAACAUUGAUAUUGCCAACUCCAUUGAGGCGAUAUGGCACGACGAGUCUCACUUGAACAAGUAUUUCCUUUAUACCAAACCCAGUAAACUUCUCUCUCCUGAAUAUCUGUGGCGGGACAUCGAUGCUCGUGUGGACAUGGUGAAAAUAAUUCGCUUUUCACAUGUAGCUAAAAAAUAUUCAGAAAUUCGUCCAAACGAGUAGCAGCUGUUCUCAAAGCCCCACCCAAAGACACAAGUGGAAAUUUACAUCUCCCACCAAAAUCACAGAAAAUUAUGAGCAUUGGUGUGGCACCAGGAACUAAAUUUUGCUAAAUCUUUUUGAACUGGUAUAACGUAUCUUUUUACAGAACUCAGUAACUCAGAACUUUAGUUUAUUGUGCAAUCAGAAAAAUCAAACCUUUUUUUUUUUUUUUACAAGGAUUUUAGGUGGAGGUUUAGCUACAGAAAGGGGUUAGGAAUCGGACCCAAAGCUGAAAAUUAACGAAUCAAAAUUAACAAACCUUUUUCCGAGUCAAUUCGUCCAUUUCGUUCGUUGAAUGAACCAAAUGACUUGAAAAAAAGAUUUGUUCAUUUUGA